AUGGCAUCGCCGUCCUUCCUCACACCCCCUCCGCCCCUCGACCCCUCCUCCACCACCGCCGACGCCCUCUACGUGACCAUCCGCUUCUCCGCCUCCAUCCCCGACCUCCCCCUCGACAUCUACUCCCCCUCAACCACCACCUCCGCCGGCCUAAAACAACUCAUCCGCACCCGUCUCCCCCCGCACCUGUCCUCACACCGUCUCCGUCUCAUCCACGCUGGCCGUGGCCUCGAAGACAAAACCCCCCUCUCCGUAUCCCUGAAACUCCCUCCCACGCCCACCAGAUCCCCGCGACCACCCCCACCACCCAGCGAUGCAGACCCCGCCUCUGAUCCCAAGGGCAAAGGCAAAGCCCCCGUUCGCGAUCAUCCGCGUCUCUACAUCCACUGCUCCAUCGGAGAUAUAGUUCUCUCGGCGGAUGAUCUCGCUGCCGAAGCGUCGAUCGCGUCAACGUUGCAGCAACAAACCUCACGUCAGUCAGAGUCAGAGGGUGGUAGAGAGGAUGGGCGGAAAGAUGUACAGUCGGAGAGUACUACGACGCCCGCGCCGAGGGGCUUCGACCGGUUACUCUCGGCGGGGUUUACACCCGCGGAGGUGGCGGGUCUUCGGUCGCAGUUUCUAGCGGUGCAGUCGGCGUCGCGGACCCCGGAUACGAUGCCCUCCGGGGCGGAGUUACGCGAGUUGGAGGAUCGGUGGAUGGAUGAGGGGUCGUCAGCGGCUAUGGUGGGGGGUGGUGGAGAGGGUGGGGAAGGGGUGGUCUCGUUUGCGGAUGAUGAUGGAGGGUUUGGGCCGGGGUCGAGGGGCGCCAUGGAUGAUAUGCUUUGGGGAGCGGUGAUGGGGUUCUUUUGGCCGGUGGGGUGUGCCAUGUGGUUGAGGAGGGAGGAGGGGGUUUGGAGCUGGAGGAAGGGGUUGGCGGUUUUUGUGGGAGUGGUGGUCAAUAUUGCGUUUGGGGCGAUGAGGAUUAUGAAUUAGUGGGUUGAUGAUGAUUGUCUGUCCAAGUUUUAUACCCUUCACGAUUUAAUAGAUGGAGUUUAGUAGAAUUGGCUCAUGAAUUGCAAUGUACCCUGUACUAUAACAUGUC